UUUCAAUCCCAUCUAUCAUCAAUCAUGACACCUAACAUCAAUACACUCCCUGCUGAGAUCAUUUUGCUGAUUCUAGAGAACCUUCCAACCUUAACUAGUCUGCUUGCGGCAGUUCUAAGCUGUCGCCAUGUCUACGAAUCGGUCAAACCUCACAUCUUUCAAGUUCUACACGCAAUAAUAAUUUCAAGCAUAGAUUCGUUGCACUGCUCCAGCAGCGUUCUCUAUUCAUUACUUAAGGAUAUCCACCCCAAAUUACAUUCUGUCCGGCGACUCCAAGAUCAAUCAAGAUUUCUAAUACGACCUUGGUUGACCUACGCGGCGUGGUACAUGAAUCUGACCGUGAUUUUCUUAUGCUAGAGCUGCCACUUCAACAUUGUGAAAUGCAAUGCACGUCCAUUGCCCUGGAUGUCAUCGAAUAUAUCAAGCAGCCCAACAAAAAUAUUGCAGUCCUGGCCUGGGAUGAAUGGCCAUACGUGAUAUCCCGUUACAAGUUAACGUUCAGAGUGGCUUUAGGAAAAGCAAGACUUCAGAAAUAUUCUGUCCAUAGCACCGUGUUUCAGUUUUAUCAGCGUAUGGUCGAGGAAGCUAUAAUUGAUCUAGAGGAAGAUGUGCAAAGUCCUACUGUUGCAGAUCAUUACCUUCAGGUAAAACAAAACGCUGUUGCGCAGGAAAGAAAAUCCAUACAACUAUGCCUUAGCCUCUGCAAUCGUGCUUUGGAGUUUACCAAGUCUGGGGAUUUUCAAGCUGAAGAGGGUCGAUCAGUCAUAUAUUCUAUCAAGGAUUUUCUUCCUGAAGAACUGAGCUAUAAUGUAUGGCUGCAUGAGCGGUCCAAAAACUCUCAUUUAGUUUAACAAACAAGACUUGAGAUUACUAACUUCAUUGUUUCUCCUUCAAACAAGAUUAGAUGGACCCAGCCCACAUCACAUACGUACAGUAGAGUGGUUUGCACAAUCAGCU